AUGGCCAUCGUGGUUUUGACAAACUCGGUAGUGAUCGGUGCUUCGACAGCAGAGGGACACGGGCAUGGCGGCAUGGCUGUUCAAGGCCUGGAACUGGAGCUGAAAGAUGUGGCGCCGGCUGUGUUCUCCAUCACCAACAACGGGUUCCUGCUGAUCUACAUGUGUGAAAUCUUUCUCCGAUUCUUGGCUCGCGGUCUUCCAGCUAUCAAAGAUCCUCUUACGUGCCUGGAUAUCGCACUGGUGCUCUUAACCUUCGUGGAACGCAUGGCUGCGGGGGCUUCCAUGGCCCGGUCAUUGCCAUCGAUCCGGUUGCUCAGGUUGCUUCGGCUCAUCCGUGCCUUCAAGAGCAUGUCGAAGUCAAAAGAGCUGAUCGUAUUGCUUGGUGGCACAAGCAAGGCGGCCAGGACACUUCUGUGGACAAUCUUGUUCUUGUUCUCCAUCGUAUGGACCGCUGGUGCUUGCACACGGCAGGUCAUUGGGAGAUCGCCGGUCUGGAACGGCAGCACCAAUCCGCUUCAAGAGUUUGAGCCGUUCUCAUCUUUCGACAAUCGCGAAUACUUUGGAAAUAUUUGGAUGAGCUUCUUAACCAUGUUUCAAGUGGUCACCAACGCACAGUGGGCGGACCACGUUGGGCGACCAGUGGUUUUCAAAUAUCCCGGUUUGGCAGUCUUCUUUGCCUUCUUCUUGCUGAUGACCACUUUUGGCUUGGUGACGUGCAUCGUUUCAAACAUCGUGCAGGAUUCCUUGGAGUCAUCGCGAGCUUUCGAGAAGGCUUUGAAGGAGAUCGAGCGAGAAAAUCGACGCCUGUCCGGCCUCAGAGCACGACGCCUGCUGUUGCUCAUCGAUGAGGACGGCGACGGCGAGUUGAGUCUAAGGGACUUGGAGAAAGCCUUGGAAAACGAGGAAUUCGUUGAGAUCCUGAGGCUCCUGGAGGUGCGCCUGGGGCGGGGCCAGGCCUGCAGUGACCGGAGCCUCGACAGGGAACCGACAGACCUUGAAGAAUGGACGAUGCAGACAGUGGUUGCCCGCUUCAACACGGAAAGGGAGGGAGAGAGCAGAGGGGAGAGGUACUUAGAGGGAUCCAAGCUCUUCGUGAGCUUCAUGUUCAGACCUGGAGCUUUGGCCCGUGUCGUGGAGGCGGAUGGAAAUGCUGGAACAGCGUUGCAAUUUCUUGGCGGACAUGGUAAUCGACUUGCGCCGACAGCAGCACAACAGCACAAGUCAAGCGUUCAGUUCAGUUUCUCCUGCAUCAGGAUUGAGGAGUGCUUCAAUUGCCUCGCUCUCUUUAUUGACUCGCGUGAGAACACGGAGCUCUACUACCGAGCGUUGCGCGCCAUUCGCUCGGCGCCACCGCCGGUACCUGUAGAUAUCCGUGUGGCUCUUGGCCUCGAGACCAAGAAGGAGAAGUUGACAGAGAACGAGGAAGAAGCGCUCAUGAAUUUUGCCAGGCGUUACAUCGCCCCCAAGCAGCAUGCCAAGAAGAAGGUCCUGCAAGAUGACUCCGACGGGUCUCCCAGGUCUCCCUCUCCACACAGCUCGUGGCACAGUGGCCUGCGUGUGGCAGCCACACUGACGUGCCACAAAGCGGUCCUGGCGGAGCCUCCUCCACCGCGGGAAGUGGAUAUCGCGCGCCAGAGGCAAGAACAGAAGCAGGCGGCCGAAAUGGAUAUGCAGUACACAAUCAGCAGAGAAAAUGCGUUCAGGUCGGCUCAGAAGUUCUCCGCCUUGAAAGAUCUGCUCGGUGGCCUUUGA